AUGACUGAGGACCAAUUUUGUAAGGAAACCGUACUUCCAGCUUCGGAUCCACGUUCCCCGUACUAUAUCAACUUACCUCCUUACGAUGCCAAACCGGUAGAUGAUUUGGUUGCAUAUUUCAAGAUAUGGAAACAUUUCAUCAAAGCACUCGUUUUUUACAUGAAAGAAAUCAGUUUGAGUAAAGAGUUUGAUGCCAACCUUAACUACCAGCUCAUCAACUCAGUUCAAUUUCCUGGCUUCAAAGACUUGCCCAGUCGGUUUUUGAACGCUCUUGAUCUGAAUACCACGUCUCCACCUUCGUCCAAAACCCUUCGGAAAACCAACUCCAAUACCAGCAUUAACACCAUGGCUACCAACGCCACCACCCAGUCGACCCCGGUCACGACUCCUCCCCACGAGAAAAGACCAAAUUUGUUCAAAACAAAAUCCAAUAAUUCGUUUUUGAAAAGUUCGUCUUCCAACCCAUCCAAUCAAACCUCCCACAAACGUAACGUUUCAUUCACCAACCUCAAAACCGCCGCCACUCCUCAGCCUCCUCAGCGCCAGCACGUAUCGCACCAGAACGACAUCAAAGUGCCGCCCAAUUUUUUUCCAGAGGAUUCAAUGUUCAUCAACCUCUCACCGCUUUUGGUCAACCACCACUCCCACUUGUACCAGUCGCAGCUUAAACUUCAUCGCGAUCUCGUGAACAAACACAUUCCACGGCUCGAAUCGACCCUCAAAAACCUCCUGCUCAAAAUCAAGGAGAUCAAGUCGAGUUUGAAAAAUGAAUCUUUUGCAAAUUCCGCCAUUUUGAAGGAAGUGAGUCAAACAGGCAAGGCAUUGAGCUCAUACAUCAGCUCGGUAGAGUUGUACUCGUCGGAACGUCCCGUGUUGAAGAAGAAUAUUCAAGAAAAUGACGAGGAUAUUGGAGCCACUGAUGAUCCAUUUUUGCUCAAAUUGCAGGUGGACUACCAAAUCAAAAAACAAUUGAUUCAGGAAAACUACAUGUUUGCGUCGUAUGUCAAUCUCCAAAACAUCUCAAAGGAACUUUUGGUCUACGUGGUGAAAGAAUUGAAUUUUGCACUUGAUCGGUUUGCCAAGUUGGUUAGCAACGAAUCGGUUUACGCUCUGUCGACGGAUUCGUUGGUAAAUCUCGUUCUUAGCAUCCGCAAGAACAUCACCAGUGAUGCCACCAAAGAUUGGGAAUACUUUGUGUGCAACAACAAAAACUUUGUAAACAUCUACGCUGAUACUCCUGAGUCUCGCAAGCGAGAAAUUCGUUCCUACGACUCGCUCGUGCUUCCUUAUGCACACACGACUCACAACAAGUGCUUACGCUUUGGCAUGAUGUACAAGAAGCAAAAGAUCAUCAAGAGUUAUGCGAGUUACUAUUAUGUCUUAACUUGUAAUUACUUGCACGAAUUCAAGUUGGAGAAUGAGGGUAACACCAAAAAGAGAGAAAAGGAUAAGAUUGGAGGGUUCAUUGGCCAUGAUGAUAUUCCUGUCAAAUCGUACAAUUUAAACGACUUGUCGAUUCGUGAAAAAGAUUAUCGAACCUACAAGUUCACGUUGUCCAAGCCUUCGGAUCCACUGAAAAAGUAUACGCUUCGUUGCCGCAAUGCGGAAGAGUACCAUAGUUGGUUCAGUGAUCUUCAAGAACUCCUCAAAUUUGGAUCGAACCAUUUAGAACGAUUCAAGAGUAUUGAAAAGAAGACGACUGAAUCAAAAACGGGCAGCGAGAAAAAAUCGUUUGCAGGUGUGUUCACUCCGCUGGUCAAGACACCCAAUGGUUUGGUUCCAACGGCACAGGAACAAAAUCCAUUUGAGUCCACUUUUAUCAGUGACAUAAAACCGGCAACCCCCAUUGCAUCUCCCAAUAUGUCUCCCAAAUUGUCACCCAAUCAGGUGAUGGUCCACAAUGCCCAGGGACUGCCGGUAGUGGCUACGUUUUCUGUGCCAGAUGAAGAGGCUGGAUCUCCACAUCAGAGCCAGCACGAAAUGUAUCUUGAAGCCCAGCGCCGAGUAUUGCAGCAGCAGCGCGAAGCUAUCAAUCUGAAGAUGCAAAAUGUAAAUGAAAACCGGGAACCGAAAACGCAACAGAAACCGUUUGGGCUUCAGCUUCAGCCGGGAUCACCCACGGAAACUGCAAGUUUGAAUAGUGGUUCCAGAGCAUCUUCGAGCGAGUCGCUCAACUCGAUGGUCAACUAUUCUAAUAUCAAGAAUAUUUUGCAAAGCAACAAAAACUUGAUCAACAAAGACCACCUGAAACUGUCGUCAGAGCUGUCGCAACACAGCGAGGAAACCCGAAACGACCAUCAACAAACCGAUACAGGCACUCCCGGAUCUACAGACUUACCUACAGUCUACGUGAGUUCCGACCAUUAA